AUGUUCACAAAAAUCUUAGCGUUUUACGGGUUUGUAGCAGCGUGCCAAGCCGGUUUGCAGCGCGUUCCUCUGCACUUCUCUUCGACUGCCGCGAUCUCUUCACAAAACAUCGUACGACAGGACCAGUCUACGCAACAAGUAGCCGUCGCCGCUCCUUUGGCCUACCAGUCCGCUCCCAUCACCUUCCAAGCUGCUCCUACUCGUUACUCUUCUGCAGCAGCUGUCUCCUCUCAGAACAUUGUACGUCAAGACCAGCCUAUUCAACAAAUAACUGUUGCUACCCCCAUCGCCUACGCCGCGAUUCCUACCUCUGCCACCUAUAACGCUGCUCCUGCCGGUUACUCAUCUGCUGCAGCUGUGUCCUCCCAAAACAUCGUGCGUCAAGACCAGCCUGCCCAACAAAUUACAGUUUCAGCCCCUAUCGCCUACCCUACAAGAACCACCUAUAACGCUGCUCCUGCCCGUUACUCUUCUGCUUCUGCUGCUAUUUCAUCUCAAAGCAUCGUCCGUCAUGAACGACCUUCUCAGCAAAUAGCCGUUGCUGCCCCCGUAGCCUACCACGCGGCUCCCACCGCCGUGACCUACAAUGCUGCUCCCGCUAGUUACUCUUCUGCCCCUACUGUUUCAACACAAAAUGUCAUCCGUCUGCCUGCCCAACAAAUAAACGCUCACCCUCAGUACGAGUACAACUACUCAGUAGCUGACGGACACACCGGCGACAACAAGUCCCAGCAGGAGUCCCGCGACGGCGACGUCGUGCGCGGCUCGUACUCCUUCCACGAGGCCGACGGCUCCGUCAGGACCGUGCAGUACUCCGCGGACGACCACAGCGGCUUCAACGCGGUGGUGCACAACUCAGCGCCCACAGAAGCGCCUGCGCACUCCGCGCCCGCUCACUACUACCACCACUGUUACAAAAUGUUCGCUAAGGUAUUGGCUCUCUGUGGUUUGGUGGCGGUGUGCCAGGCAGGUCUGCUGCCCGCCCCCGUGCACUACUCCUCCGCCGCCGCUGUCUCCUCGCAGAACAUCGUGCGUCACGACCAGCCUGCCCAGCACGUGGCCGUCGCCGCCCCCGUCGCCUACCAUGCUGCUCCCGCCGUCGCCUACCACGCCGCUCCUGUCGCCCGCGUUGAAGAGUUCAAUGCUCACCCUCAGUACGAGUACAACUACUCAGUAGCUGACGGGCACACCGGCGACAACAAGUCCCAGCAGGAGUCCCGCGACGGCGACGUCGUGCGCGGCUCGUACUCUUUCCACGAGGCCGACGGCUCCGUCAGGACCGUGCAGUACUCCGCGGACGACCACAGCGGCUUCAACGCGGUGGUGCACAACUCGGCGCCCACAGCCGCGCCUGCGCACUCCGCGCCCGCUCACUACUACCACCACUGAAGCAUCUCACUAGUCAUAUAUCGCGCUCAC